GCGCCCUUUCAGUCCACACCGCAGCUGCCCCGCGAACGAACGAAUAUACGGCGGUGCAGACUAGGGUGUCCUAUCCACGCGUCCCCACAGCCAGGCUCAGUCCAAGUUGGAAAGAACAAAAAAGAAGGCAAUAAAUGCUAAAGGGGAGAGAGGGAGAGGGAGCCGCCACAUCGAGCGGCAACUCCCAGCCCGGGCUGCAAGAGGGAGGAGGGAGCCGGAGAGAGCAGGCGGGCGCGCGCGAGGGCGAGCUGUGCACGGGAAGAAACUGACACCCGGACCCCCCACUUCUCCUGCACGGUGCUGGCAAUCAGAUCGCGUUUAAGCAAUUUCCUGAGCCCGAGAAUAGCAAUGAGUCGGGAGACUUUCGCGGACUGAAAUUGGGAGCUGCAAUCACUCCCCAGGUUUUGUGUGUGUGGUGUUUUUUCCGGGGAGUUUGUCCACCGCCUCCUACCUCCUCCCACUGUGCCCGGCUCCGCCGCGCGGAGGAUGGUGUGGAAAUGGCUGGGCGCGCUGGUAGUGUUCCCUCUGCAAAUGAUCUAUUUGGUGACCAAAGCAGCCGUGGGACUGGUGUUCCCCGCCAAGCUUCGGGACCUGUCGCGGGAGUCAGUCCUCAUCACCGGCGGUGGGAGAGGCAUCGGGCGCCACCUCGCUCGGGAGUUCGCAGAGCGUGGCGCCAGAAAGAUUGUUCUCUGGGGCCGGACUGAGAAAUGCCUGAAGGAGACGACAGAGGAGAUUCGGCAGAUGGGCACAGAGUGCCACUACUUUAUCUGUGAUGUGGGCAACCGGGAAGAGGUGUACCAGAUGGCCAAAGCUGUCCGAGAGAGGGUGGGUGACAUCACCAUCCUGGUGAACAAUGCCGCUGUGGUCCAUGGGAAAAGCUUGAUGGACAGUGAUGAUGAUGCCCUCCUCAAGUCCCAGCAUGUCAACACCCUGGGCCAAUUCUGGACCACCAAGGCCUUCUUGCCACGUAUGCUGGAGCUGCAGAACGGCCAUAUCGUGUGCCUCAAUUCCGUGCUUGCACUGUCAGCCAUCCCAGGCGCCAUCGACUACUGCACGUCAAAAGCGUCAGCCUUUGCUUUCAUGGAGAGCCUGACCUUGGGGCUGCUGGACUGUCCGGGUGUCAGCGCCACCACCGUGCUGCCCUUUCACACCAGCACCGAGAUGUUCCAGGGCAUGAGAGUCAGGUUUCCCAACCUCUUCCCGCCAUUGAAGCCAGAGACAGUAGCCCGGAGGACAGUGGAAGCUGUACAACAAAACCAGGCCCUUCUCUUGCUCCCGUGGACCAUGAAUAUCCUCAUUAUCUUGAAAAGCAUACUCCCACAGGCUGCACUGGAAGAGAUCCACAGGUUCUCAGGGACUUACACCUGUAUGAACACCUUUAAGGGGAGGACAUAGAGGCAGGAGGAAGGCACGCCUGGAGGAGCUAUGGAGCCUGAGGGGGGUCCACAGAAACCAGGCACACACCCACGUGCCCGUGCACAUCUGCUGGUUGAGCAGGACUGUUCCUGUCCCCAGAGAAGAUUCCGCAGCUCCCCAGGUCAACUCCAGGACCUCUGUGCAGGACUGAUGGGUGUAACUCUGACCCCCAUGGGGAGGCAAGAAGCCAGCCAGCAGCCACCCGGCAACUUUGUACAUUUCUCAUUCUGUAGGGUUUAUUGUUAAAUUGCUUGUCCAAUCUAACCCGCCUGAGCAGUGUGCAUCUACUAUUUCCAGGAGAGUCUACCCCCCACCCCCAGCCACUCUGCCUUUCCCUCCAAAACCCUCUCAUCUUCAGCAAACUGGCAAACUGGCUCA